AUGGGAAAAGUAGCGAAGGACUCUAUCGAUUAUUAUGUACUGCCGAACAAGAUCAUGUGCAGUGCGAUUGGUAUCUGGCCGCCAGAUGAGGAACAGUCGUUUGGCGGGAGAUUGUUUGUUGGCUUUCGCGUGGUGUUCUCUAUAGCGGCGGUUUGCACCAUUUUUGUGCCUGAGAUUAUGAUGAUUGCGGUGAACUGGGGAGAUCUGAGGAUUCUUACAGGAGUAGGAUGCGUCCUAACGACAGUAGCCCAACUCAUAUUCAAAAUGAUCUACCUAAUAGCAAGAAAAGAAAGAUCCUACAAACUCUACAAAGAGUUAAGAAGUCUCUGGGACUCCUCGCACGAUUCCAAAGAAAGACAAUGCUACCAAGGCCUAGCGUACAUCGCACGGAAUUGUACCAUAAUCUACCACACGUCCGGUUUGUUGACCGUCGCCGUCUUCACAGUUUCAGCAGUUUUUGACUACGUUAAAUUCGGACAAGAUAACAAUGCAGCUAACAGACAUUUACCAUACGACGUCUGGUACGGGACAGAUGUGACGGAUUCACCCGGUUUUGAAAUUGCCUUUGCCUGUCAAGUUCUGGCAGCUUCUAUUUGCACCAUAGGAGUUACUGGCCUCGACACCACGUGUGCAACAUCGAUUUUACACAUAUGCGGUCAAUUUCGGCUGAUGUGUAUGUGGAUCAGUAAUAUCGGAAUCAAAAUAAAUUGUGAUUCUCCACGGACUGUAACGACUGACCUAAUCAGAUGCAUUCGUCACCAACAAAGAUUGAUUAGUGCGGUGAAGGAUGUUAAUAAUUUGUUGACUCCCAUUAUUUUCGUUCAAGUUCUCACGAGCGGCAUAGUGAUUUGCUUAUGUGGAUUCGCAGUGCUCAGAGGCACUGGUGAUGAUUUGUUUAAAUUUAUUGUUUAUUUGACGGCGGUGAUGAUACAGUUGAUGUUCUGGUGUUGGCCUGGAGAAAUUCUGAUACAGGAAAGCUUGGAAGUAGGGUACGCGGUUUAUUUGAACAUACCGUGGUACAAUAUGGAGCCUGCUUGUCGGAGACAGUUGUUGCUCGUGAUACUCAGGUCGCAAAAUGUUUGCAGUAUUUCGGCUUUGACGUUUAGAACUGUGUGUAUUCAUUCUCUGACAACGGUAUUCAAUGCAGCCGCUUCGUAUUUUACUUUAUUACGACAAAUGGAAGAAAAGGCAAUGUCUAAAUAA